AUGGAUUUGGAAAAUGUGUUGUCGCAGCUCGAAAGUGCUAACGAGGUGGACAUUGAGGAGCUUCUCAAGGAGUUUAAUCGAGAGAACAGCCACACCUUCACUUUUGACCAGAAGGAGGAAACACUGCGCAGUAAGCUGUGCCAAAGUGUGCUGAUAGUGCUCGGGAUGCAAGUGCAGCCCAGCUGUCAGAAGACCUGUCUGGAGACCCUGCGCAUCCUUUCCCGGGACAAAUGCGUCCUGGCACCAGUCGCCACCCGGGACGGCAUGCUGACUCUGGCCAGGAUGGCCCAGUUGGGCACCGGGGAGACGGCGGGCGACGGCCAGGAGCCCCCGCAGCCGAGCGCGCCGGUGGCCGAGGAGGAGAGGGUGGUGGUGGUGGAGGCCCUGAAGUGCCUGUGCAACGUGGUGUACAACAGCGCGGCGGCUCAGCAGGUGAGCGUGGACGUGAAGCUGGCCCACGGCCUGUGCGCCAGCCUGCACACGGCCGCCGCGUGGCACCACGAGGUGGGCCUGUUCACGCUGCGCCUCCUCUUCCUGCUGUCGGCGCUGCGCUCGGAUCUGCGGGUGGAGCUGAGGAGGGAAAGGCAGGUGGUGAAGCUCCUGGCCGAGGUGCUCGAGCACACCCUGGAUGUGAGGUGGGACGGCACUUACGAGGCUGCCCGGCCUGACCCCCAGGCCCUGCCCCUGCCCAAAGAGGACAACGAGAGAGCGAUGGAAGCUCUCAAAGCCCUAUUCAACCUCACUGUGUGCAAUGCUGGUGCAAAGGAGGAUGAGCAUCAGUACAGAGUCAUUGCUGCCAUCCUGCGCCAUGUGCUGAUGUUAAGGACCGAGACGGAGGAGAAAACAGAAGAAGCACACAGCCACGCCGUCAACCUGCUGAACAACCUGCCCGUGUCCUGCCUGGAUGUGUUAAUCGACCUCCCCAUACGGGGAGGCCUGGAGGAAUAUGGCGGCAAAAACAUGGACGCCAUCCAGGUGUUACUGGACUUCAUGGAGAAACGGAUCGACAAGGGCUCCAACUACAAAGAGGGUCUCACUCCUGUGCUCAGCCUGCUGACCGAAGGGUCCAGACACCACAGAGAGAUCCGCAGAUAUAUCAAAGCUCAGGUGCUUCCUCCGCUCACAGACGUGAAGAUCAGGCCGGAGGUGGGAACCACCACUAGGAACAAACUGGUGCGCCUGAUGACGCACGUGGAGAUGGCUGUCAAGCAGGCGGCCGCAGAGUUUCUCUUUGUUUUGUGUAAAGAGAGCGUGGACAACCUGUUGAAGUACACCGGUUACGGGAACGCGGCGGGACUCCUGAUGGCACGAGGGCUGCUGGGAGGGGGGAGGGGAGAGACCGAGUACUCGCCAGACGAAGACUCUGACACUGAAGAAUACAAAACUGCCAAACCUUUCAUCAACCCCAUCACUGGUCAUGUGGAGGAGCCCAUGCCGAACCCCAUGGAGGAAAUGACCGAGGAGCAGAAGGAGUACGAGGCCCAGAAGCUUGUCAACAUGCUGGACAAGUUGUCAAGGCAGAGUUUGAUCCGUCCCAUGGGAGUCAAGCCGGAUGGGACGUUAGCACCCCUGGAAGAAACACUGCAUGCGCCGCCUGGAGACGAUGCCGGAUCAGACUCUGAUUAGAGCAUUACGGUCGGAAUGUGGGCAAGGUAGUGGGCGGGGGCGGAGCCCAGUGAAAGAAAACACACGCACACAAAAAAACAAAGCUGUGUCACACUUCAAGUGCUGGAUCUUUCAGACCACCUCAUGGAAGGCGGAUUCCUCUUUAGUAUAAGUAUGUUGCCCUUACUAUAAAUGUAAUUAAUGCGUGACCAAUAAGAGCCAAGCACAUUACACAUUGUCCGUGUUCAGAACAAACACGGUAGCAAAAUGUCGGGUUAUUUCUGUGACAUUACAGAUGAGAUGAUGUCAUUUUUAUUGUAUUAGUAGUAUUAUAAGUAUUUGCCAUUGUAAAUAUUGUUUCAUAUUUAUGAUUGCAGACCCCAAUACAACAGAGAGGACAGAAAAAAAAUGUUCACCAGGAAAGGUUCGAUUGCACUCGAGGCUCAUUCGGAAAUUUCACUCCUCAGCUCAAUAUGCUUCUAAUACACUGGCAGUCGCAAGUGUGCUUGACCGCCAUUAAAUCAGGCCAACUCAAUUCCAGCGAAAGCACACAAGUGAGGCGUUAAAAUGGUCACUCAAGUCACACUGAACCUGUCAUUCCCAAUCAUCCCAUGGAGGAAGCAGUUGUACAAAGUACUCCUGCCCCAAAGGAUCCAGCCCCUGCAGUGUGCCAAUGCAGCUAAAAUGGCGCGGGUCUUGGUUCGGGAGCACUUUGCUGAAGUCUCCCGAGACGCUGAAGAGACCUUACUGUUGCACCUUUUUCUUUCUUUAUAUGCUUGGUUUAUUCAUUCUUAAGUUGAGGACUUAUUCAAACAAUAGUCAGUUUGAAUGGCAAUCAAUCAUUCCGUCAUCAGUCCUGUUUGUUUGUAGUACUUUUUCCUGCUCCAUAUUUUUUUUCCCCCAGUUGUUGUAUUCGCACAUAGGCCUAAAUUAACGCAUGAGGUCUAUAGUGAGAGUGGGACAGACCUGCUCGGGUUCGAGGUAUAUUUAAAAACUUGGAAAGUGUCGCUCUGAACAGUUUUGAAGCGCAAAGGAAACCUCGUGGCUUUGCGCUUAUUAGCGUGUUGCACAUCAGUUAACCUCCUACGUGCUCUGUGUUACUGUAAAGAAAAUAUAAUUUUUAUUUCAAUAUUUACCAAGACAGUGGUAUCUUGACUUACAUGGGGGUGGUGAAUCACUGGUACACUGAAAUGGCCUCGCAUGUGGCCAAAGAGAACCGGCAGUAGCUGAUACAUGUUUGGGGGGAAAAACCGUCAAAUACAAAAUAACAAUCGCAAGGAGCUGUUGUAGGCCACAACUCACAUCGAUGCUCCGAUGCAGGCGACCCAGCCAACCAGUCCAGCUCCUGACGGUACUCACUAGGCCAUGCGCCUUGAAGGUACACAUCCAACACACAAAUACUACAGUAUGCACUGUAAUUGUGUUGAAAAACAAGAGUAUGUAGGUUUUAGGUCUGAAAGAUUUUGAAAUGUAAUUGCAAUUUUGUGAAGUGAGUAAAUCAUAAAUCAGAUAACAAUCCAAACACAUCUGUGGAUUUAUCACUCCAACUCUAAUAUAUGUAAAUCUUGUAUAUUCCCAAAGCACUGAAUGCAUACAUAAUAAAGUCGACCAACUGAAGAGGCCCGGCACCUGAAAUUGCAGGCUAUUGAUUUGAAAAUGAAUUUUCAAAUUGAUUUCAAUUUGAAUCUUUACUUCUGCUACAUUGUGAUCCAUUUGAAUUGUUCAUCGCGAGUUGAAUUUAAUUGCUUUGAAAUUUAAAAAUAAUGGAUUUAUGCACCCAAUCAGGGAAAGGAUCAACUCUGAAGUCAAGGGUCCCGCUGUAAUUUCUAAACCUAAUUUCGGGCAAAGUAGGCCGAAAACGAAAGUUACCCAUGUAACUUCUGUUUUGUUCAGCACUGCUUUGAAGGGACUUAACAGUACUCAGUUCGAAACAUUCCUUUCAUCCAGUGGACUUCGAUGAUGGUGAACGCCAGGUCUAAUUCCCUGCAUACUUCAACUCAUUCAUAUUGCAUGCCAUAUCCCUCAAUUUGGUAUGUAUGUUUUUUUUCCCCCUGGGGGAGAAUGUGUCUUUUUGCACACUUUCCCAUGAUGUAAACUUCACAAUUUUUAUUUUAUUGAGUGAACAUAUCACUGAAA